CUGGAGCACCUAUGCUGGCCAAGAGACUCAUUAUGCCCAACCAAUCUGAAGAUGCCUCCCAGGAAAACGAUGACACCAUCGAAGCAGACGUCAGCUGUGGCUUCAAAGAUCAAAAACAAAAUUAUCAACACCUCCUCCUUCUUCAAGGUCUCCCUGAAGACCAACAACAAGGCCCUGGCUCUCGCUCUGCAGGCCCAAAAGGAGAAGAGCAGGCAGCUUGAGAUGGAGGUGGUGCUCCUGCAAAAACAGGUCAAAGAUCUCUGCUUCCAGCUGGCUACCAAGAAACACAACCAAAGGAAACUGAUGCUCAUCUUGAAAAAUCUCCAUAAUAACACUCUACAGCAGCUGGACAUGAUGGCAGAACUAGUUUCUGAUGACGAUUCUCCAAGACUGUCAGAGGGCUGCCACUACCCAACAGAUAAAAACAAAGAGAACGAUGCAGCAGCGCGGAGGCCUGAAAUGUUAAGGAAUCUUUUCUGUCACAACAAAAACAUAGAAGCUACACCAGGUCUGCUCAAAGGAAACCCUCAUCUGGAUGUUUUAAGUGCCCUAACCAGAUGCAGCAACUCCUCUGAUAUUUUUCAUGAAAACGCAGAGGAAAGGCGUUUCAGUCAACGUGUUCAACCCACUCAGACUUCACUCUCAGACAGGAGUGAAGUGGAGCGCCUGUCCCAGUCCAGCUCUCAAAUAAACUCUGUCCUCUGUCCUCAGCACAAUCAAACGCAUGGAAACUCCACAACAUCCCUUUCUAGUGACGUAAACGCUCCAAGUGUGUCAGCCUCAGAAGUUGAGUCUCAGUUAGCAAGAACUGACAAUACAGUGCUUCUCAAUACGUCAAUGGAGAUUACAUUGAGUAACGCAGUUGAAAUUGUCACCGUGGAAACCAAAGCCAAGAAGAAAGGUCCUUCCUGUGAGACAAAAGGCACAGAGAGUCAACAGGUGGGUUCCAGUCCAGAUGUCCAGAAUGGUUUCAACCACAGACCAAAUAAGGAACCUGUGAAAAUUUCUACUCAGAAAAAUAAACCAGAAGAUAAAGACUCAAGAGUUCUUGAGGUACAGUUACCGAAAAAACGCGGCAACAAUAUGAAAGCAUCUCGCAUCCCCAAGCUUGCCAGUCACCAGAAGACAUCCAAGAGCGAUACUGACAGCUGUGACACUGUCUCACAAGAUUUAAAUAAUUAUUUUUCCAAUUCUAAAGUUACCUUGUUGAAGGCUGGGGGCAGUGAACCUGAAGAAGGUUCACCAAGUUCUAAAAUCACCUACAGACGUUCGAGAACUAAAGUAAGGAGGCGCUCUAUGGUCAUUCAAAAGACCUCGUCAGUCCGUCUGCCUCAUGAUGACGAGAGCCAACAGUCCAAACCGGAGAAGGUCCAUGAUGAAGAGGAAGCAGAAAAAACAGAGCCACCUCCACCAUAUGAAUACAUAUUCCAUCCAGUGGAGGAGGCAGGUCUCGGGUCAGAGGAGAAUCAGCCUCCAGAACAGUAA